UUAUACAUAUAAAGCUCACAUUACUGCAAAAGUUGACGUGAACGUCGCCUCUUCCUCGUGUUAGCUUGAGUAGCGUUUACUUGCUAUAAGCAACUCCAACAACGCUAUAUAUGUAAGCAUAACAUAUAUUCACAGUGCUAUUAAAACCUCUACUUCUACUGUUAUUUUACACACUUAUUUGACAUUUAUUUCACUGACGGUUAAUGUUCUAGCUGUUUCCACUACGACGGAAAACUUAAAACGCAACCGGAAAUAAAAAGCCUACAAGCCAAAUUUCCAUAAUAGUAAUAAUUGACAAAAGUCACAGCCAAUUAAUGUGCUCCCUGUGCUGUCGUUACCCAAUCGUGUGGCGUAUAACUCAAAAACAGGCGGGGCCUUGGAGGUAACACUUCCGCCAACUUUCCUUAGUAACCCCACAUGGAAACCAUUCUUCUUGUGUUUUGAGUUUCGGCGGCGAUUGCGGCGGCAAGUGGUCAAUCGAAGCGCAAGUGGUCAUUUUUCUUAAGACUUUAACCGAGUUUUGUGGCACAAACUGUACACACAACCAUGAAGAUUGAGGAGGUGAAGAGCACCACGAAGACUCAGCGGAUCGCCUCUCACAGUCACGUCAAAGGACUGGGCUUAGAUGAGGCCGGUAACGCUAAACAGACGGCGUGUGGUUUGGUGGGGCAGGAAGCUGCAAGGGAGGCUUGUGGCAUCAUUGUUGAGCUGAUCCGCUCCAAGAAGAUGGCAGGAAGGGCGGUUUUACUGGCUGGACCACCAGGCACUGGAAAGACGGCGCUGGCUUUAGCCAUAGCGCAGGAGCUGGGCAACAAGGUGCCUUUCUGCCCCAUGGUGGGCAGCGAGGUCUACUCCUCGGAGAUUAAAAAGACAGAAGUACUGAUGGAGAAUUUCCGGCGGGCCAUCGGGCUGCGUAUCAAAGAGACAAAGGAGGUGUACGAGGGCGAGGUGACAGAGCUGACCCCCUGCGAGACGGAGAACCCAAUGGGGGGCUACGGGAAGACCAUCAGCCACGUCAUCAUCGGUCUGAAGACGGGCAAGGGCACCAAGCAGCUCAAGUUGGACCCCAGCAUCUACGAGAGCCUUCAGAAGGAGCGUGUGGAGGUGGGAGACGUCAUCUACAUCGAAGCCAACAGCGGAGCCGUCAAGAGGCAAGGUCGCUGCGACACGUUCGCCACAGAGUUUGACCUGGAGGCCGAGGAGUACGUGCCGCUGCCCAAAGGCGACGUGCACAAAAAGAAGGAGAUCGUCCAGGAUGUCACGCUGCAUGACCUUGACGUGGCAAACGCCAGGCCGCAGGGAGGCCAGGACAUCCUGUCCAUGAUGGGCCAACUGAUGAAACCCAAAAAGACAGAAAUCACAGACAAGCUUCGAGCGGAGAUCAACAAGGUGGUGAAUCGCUACAUCGACCAGGGCGUGGCCGAGCUGGUGCCGGGCGUGCUGUUUGUGGACGAGGUCCACAUGUUGGACAUCGAGUGCUUCACGUACCUCCAUCGAGCCCUGGAGAGCACCAUCGCCCCCAUCGUCGUGUUCGCGUCCAACAGGGGGAACUGUCUGAUCAGAGGCACCGAGGACAUCAGCUCACCGCACGGCAUUCCACUGGACCUGCUGGACAGAGUCAUGAUCAUCCGCACCAUGCUGUACACGCCGCAGGAGAUGAAGCAGAUCAUCAAGAUCCGUGCUCAGACCGAAGGGCUCGGCAUUAGCGAGGAAGCGCUCACACACCUGGCAGAGAUCGGUGCCAAGACCACCCUCAGGUACGCCGUGCAGCUGCUGACCCCGGCCAGCCUGCUGGGUCGCGUUCAGGGCAAAGAGACAGUGGAGAGAGAGCAGGUGGAGGAGAUCAACGAGCUCUUUUACGACGCCAAGUCCUCCGCCAAAAUCCUCCAAGAUCAGCAUCACAAAUUUAUGAAAUGAAAACGUGAUUGAGAGCCCGCAGACUCCGAUUUGGUUUUGUUGUUCUUUAGAUUAUUAUUUUUGUUAUGUCUUCAUCAUGAUCUAUCUAAAGGAUGGAUCAUGAAGAUGUAACAAGUGGUGGACUACUUCUAAUGCGCUUUUACUGACUAAUAACUGUGGAAUAAAAUGGGGUUUUUUU